GGGGAGAGACCAGGACAGACAGACGGACAGGCCUGACCGAGCCCGGCUCCCGCUAGGAGAGGGCGCUCGGGGUGCAGCCAGAGCGGGGGAUAGAUGGAGGAAAAAGAGAGGGGGCCCCGGCGGUCCCAGGGGGGCCGAGACAGUGACGGGGGAGCCUGAGGAGGGGGCCGGAGCCGGGCGGGGACGAGCGGGGCCAGGAGAGAGCCAGCCAGGUCCGCGGUGCGGAGGAAGAGGCCGCGGCGGAGAGGAGCAGGGCAGGCGCGGGGUGGAAGGAGACCCGGCUGCCAGCGGGGAGGGGGCAGAGGACUGCUGCAGUGGCCAGGGACGGCCUUCCCCAGGGGCAGGAAGGGCGACAGGCCGGGGGGGGGGGGCGCAGGGAGACCCAAGAAGCCCCUGCGCCCCCCCCCCCCAGCAGCACCUCGCCGGGAAGCCCUGGAGAGCUGGGGAGGCAGCGCCCGGCCUGCUGGAGGCAUGUGCAGGGGGGGCCUGGGGCUCAGAGAGAGGCCCAGCGGAAGCCAAGCCACCAGGCCCCUCCCCCCAUCUUAUGGAGAUGAGGAGGGUAGAUUGAGGAGGUGCAGCAGAGACUUCUCAGAAGACACAACUCCCCUUCUGAAACUCAGGCGCAGUCCCCAGGCACCCACCCCGGUCCCCACCAGCUCCCAGCACCGUCUGUCCUGCGGCAGCUGCUGGCCCAGGUCCCACGGAGGCUCUCCUCGGCCUGGAGCACCUGCAAUCUCAGGGUACAGCCCCCCAGCGGCCACGCGGAGCAUGAGCAUUGAGGAUGGCGUGUGCCCGCGGCUCCCUGUGCCCCCCGCUGCCGCCCGGUAGGAUGUCCUGGCCCCACGGGGCACUGCUUUUCCUCUGGCUCUUCUCCCCACCCCUGGGGGCCGGCGGGGGCGGCGUGGCCAUCACAUCAGCUGCUGGAGGGGGCUCCCCGCCGGCCACCUCCUGCCCCGCGGCCUGCUCCUGCAGCAACCAGGCCAGCAGGGUGAUCUGCACGCGGAGAGAGCUGGCUGAGGUCCCAGCCAGCAUCCCUGUCAACACGCGGUACCUGAACCUGCAGGAGAACGGCAUCCAGGUGAUCCGCACAGACACGUUCAAGCACCUGCGGCACCUGGAGAUCCUGCAGCUGAGCAAAAACCUAGUGCGCAAGAUCGAGGUGGGCGCCUUCAACGGGCUGCCCAGCCUCAACACGCUGGAGCUGUUCGACAACCGGCUUACGACGGUGCCCACGCAGGCCUUCGAGUACCUGUCCAAGCUGCGGGAGCUCUGGCUCCGCAACAACCCCAUCGAGAGCAUCCCCUCCUACGCCUUCAACCGCGUGCCCUCGCUGCGCCGCCUGGACCUGGGCGAACUCAAGCGGCUGGAGUACAUCUCGGAGGCAGCUUUCGAGGGGUUGGUCAACCUGCGCUACCUCAACCUGGGCAUGUGCAACCUCAAGGACAUCCCCAACCUGACCGCCCUAGUGCGCCUGGAGGAGCUGGAGCUGUCGGGCAACCGGCUGGACCUGAUCCGCCCGGGCUCCUUCCAGGGCCUCACCAGCCUGCGCAAGCUGUGGCUGAUGCACGCCCAGGUGGCCACCAUCGAGCGCAACGCCUUCGACGACCUCAAGUCGCUGGAGGAGCUCAACCUGUCCCACAACAACCUGAUGUCGCUGCCCCACGACCUCUUCACACCCCUGCACCGCCUCGAGCGGGUGCACCUCAACCACAACCCCUGGCACUGCAACUGCGACGUGCUCUGGCUGAGCUGGUGGCUGAAGGAGACGGUGCCCAGCAAUACGACGUGUUGCGCCCGCUGCCACGCGCCGGCAGGCCUCAAGGGCCGCUACAUCGGUGAGCUGGACCAGUCACACUUCACCUGCUACGCACCGGUCAUCGUGGAGCCGCCCACGGACCUCAAUGUCACCGAGGGCAUGGCCGCGGAGCUCAAGUGCCGCACGGGCACCUCCAUGACCUCCGUCAACUGGCUGACGCCCAAUGGCACCCUCAUGACCCACGGCUCCUACCGCGUGCGCAUCUCUGUCUUGCACGACGGAACGCUCAACUUCACCAACGUCACCGUGCAGGACACGGGCCAGUAUACAUGCAUGGUGACGAACUCGGCCGGCAACACCACGGCCUCCGCCACGCUCAACGUCUCAGCGGUGGACCCCGUGGCCGCGGGGGGCGCGGGCGUGGGCGGCCCCGGGGGCGCGGGGGGCGGAGGCGGCAGUGGUGGCUACACCUACUUCACUACGGUGACCGUGGAGACCCUGGAGACACAGCCUGGAGAGGAGGCCCUGCAGCCGCGGGGGACGGAGAAGGAGCCACCCGGGCCCACGACGGACGGCGUCUGGGGAGGGGGCCGGCCCGGGGACGCGGCUGGCCCUGCCUCCUCGUCCACCACGGCGCCCGCCCCGCGCUCCUCACGGCCCACGGAGAAGGCGUUCACGGUGCCCAUCACGGACGUGACGGAGAACGCCCUCAAGGACCUGGACGACGUCAUGAAGACCACCAAGAUCAUCAUCGGCUGCUUCGUGGCCAUCACGUUCAUGGCCGCCGUGAUGCUCGUAGCCUUCUACAAGCUGCGCAAGCAGCACCAGCUCCACAAGCACCACGGGCCCACGCGCACCGUGGAGAUCAUCAACGUGGAGGACGAGCUGCCCGCGGCCUCGGCCGUCUCGGUGGCCGCCGCCGCGGCGGUGGCGGGCGGGGCUGGCGUGGGCGGGGACAGCCACCUGGCCCUGCCCGCCCUGGAGCGCGACCACCUCAACCACCACCACUACGUGGCGGCCGCCUUCAAGGCGCACUACAGCAGCAACCCCGGCGGUGGGGGCUGCGGGGGCAAGGGCCCGGCCGGCCUCAACUCCAUCCACGAACCUCUGCUCUUCAAGAGCGGCUCCAAGGAGAACGUGCAAGAGACGCAGAUCUGAGGCCGGCGGGCGGCUCGCACCCCGGCCAGACACCGGGCAGGCGGGGUCCCCGCGCGCGCCUCCGCGCCCCUCGCCCGCCCCCACCCGGCCGGGUGGCGGGAGGGGACGCGGGAUCCAGGAGAAGUGGCCGAGCCCGCGCGUUUCCUCGCGCUCUGAGACCCGGUCCCGCCCGCCGCCUUCCAGGGGAGAGGAGCUUUUUUGAGGGGUGCCCUUUCCCCUUGCCCCAACGACCCUCCUUUUACGGUUCAUUUUUUUGCAGUUUGACGCCUGUCCCUCCCUCCCACUCCUCCGCCCUCCAGACCCAAGAGACAGACACCGCCGGAGCCCCCAGACGCCCGGCUGCCCCCCGCGCUGAGCUCCGCCCCCCGCCGCCGGCCCGCGCGGUGGCUGGGGGUGGGGCGGCGUCCGCGCCCCAGCCCCUCGUGCCCGUAGACUCUUUUGAUACUGAAGGGAGGUUUGCGUCAACGACUACCUGCUCUGUAAUUACUUUAAAAAAAAAAAAAAAAA